AUGUUUAACUGGGCCAAGCAGACUUUAGCCAACGUUGCCGGCACAGAAGAGCCCAUCUACGGGCCUUCCGCAAUCAAAUCCGUUGCCCAAGAUGCCAAAACCACACCCUACACCGAGCUCAAGAAGGAGGACCUCACGUGGGAGAUCAUGGGCUCCACCUCUGUCGAGACACAGAGUUUCUACCUCAUGUCCGACAGUGGCUAUCUUGGUCUUGCCCAGGUCAUCUAUAGUAACGUCGUCGGAAUCAAGACCACAGUCCAGUUCAACUCCAAGAUUUCAUAUCUCGACAACUCGAAACCGCACCUAUGGUGCUCGAACCCCUUGACCGAUUACGAGGUCAGCCAAGAUAAGCUGAACUUUUAUGCCAAGGACUGUGCUCUCGAACUGUCGGAAGACGGAAACUCCUACACGAUCAAGUCCAUGAAUGACCAGCGCUGCAUCGUCAACUUGAAGAUCACAAAGGUUGCCCCAGGAUUUGUCGCCGGCAAGGAUGGCAAGACGUUGUACGGCACCGACCUCAAGAACCCAUGGGGUUCUAUGAGACACGCUUUUUGGCCUCGUUGCGUCGCCGAAGGCAGUAUGAUCACCAAGGAUGGCCCCAUCGACUUCAAGGGCCAAGCUUUCUUUUCUCAUGCCCUCCAGGGGAUGAAGCCGCAUCACGCUGCUGCCAAGUGGAACUUUCUCGACUUCCAGGGCCCUACUUACUCGGCUGCUUUGAUGCAAUUCACCACGCCCCCAUCGUACGGCACCACUACCGUCAACAUAGGCGGCAUUGCCAAAGACGGCGAGAUCAUCAUCGCUGGUACCGACUGCAACGUUGUCCAUCUCAAGACCCAGCCAGACUCGGACAACGAGUGGCCAGAACCCAAGGAAGUCAGGUUCACAUGGUCUGGUGUGACCAAGGACGGAAAACCUGUCGAGGCUGUCAUUGAGGGGCCUUUUGAGCAUCGACUUGACCGUGUCGACGUCAUGGCCGAGGUCCCUGCAUUCGUGAAGAAGAUUGUUGCUGGUGCCGCCGGCACAAAGCCGUAUAUCUAUCAGUUUGCCCCUCCCAACUUCACCUUGAAUCUGAAGAUUGGUGAUGAGACCUUCAUUGAACAAGGCAAAACCUUCAGUGAAGCUACCUUCAUCUCUGCGGUAGAUACUGGUGCUUCGCAGUCGUAG